AUGGAUGUUGCGGAGACAGGGGAGGACCCCUCGAGCAAAUCAUGGUCUAUCACAGACGUGAGUACCCAUCGGCCAUACUUUUUGUUGAAUGAUGCUAACAUAAAGAAGAUUGUCUUCGUUGCGUGUGUCAGCCCCAUCCUGGUUGCAGCCGUUCUAGAAUGGUUCCUAUGGCUCGCUGCCUUCUUGUAUUGUCUGAGCAAAGCCUUCAAAAAGGCUGAUCAUUGGUCUCAACGCUUACUGGCGACUCUUUUGAUUGUCAUUUUCUUGAUCAUCAGGGGUGUCUUCCUGCCUGUCAUGAUCGUCACCAUACCACUGCCGAGCCGCAUCACCCGCUAUUUCCCAGACAUCGUUGUUUACGCUCUGCAAGAGUUUGCGUUCUACGCUUUCGCCGUCCUAUUGACUGUCCCAUGGCUUGUUGUAGUCUACCAGAUCAUCGUCCAUCCGAUUGGCCGUAAGAAGCAAGUCAGAUAUCCCCUGACUGAACACAACGCUCCGAAAGUCGUGGUCGUUAUGCCGGUCUACAAGGAGCCGCCCGACUCGCUCUGGACAGCACUCAACUCCGUUGUCGCUGGAGACUACCCCCCAGAAUGCAUUCACGUAUUCCUCUCCUUCGACGGCGAAGAUAUCGACGAGCUCUAUCUCAGGACUAUCGACCGCCUAGGGAUUCCGGUCACCAUGAAAGACUUUCCAAAAUCAAUAGAUGUUGCAUAUAACGGUGCCCGGGUCACAAUAUCCCGCUUUCGCCACGGGGGCAAACGCCACUGCCAAAAGGCUACGUAUAUGCUCAUCGACAAGAUCUACAAGCGGUACCUCUCCGUGAAAGACAAUCUAUUCAUUCUCUUUAUUGACUCGGACUGUAUCUUGGAUCCGGUGUGCAUUCAGAACUUUAUGUACGAGAUGGAACUCAAGCCUGGUAUCGACCAAAACAUGCUUGCAAUGACUGGAGUUAUCACGUCUUGUUCGGAAAAGACAUCCCUGAUAACCCUUCUCCAGGAUAUGGAGUAUGUGCAUGGUCAGUUAUACGAGCGCUCUGUCGAGUCCGGACUAGGAGCGGUCACCUGCUUGCCGGGUGCGCUGACUAUUCUUCGCUUCUCUGCGUUCCGAAAUAUGGCCAAGUACUACUUUUCAGAUAAGGCCGAGAAUUGUGAAGAUCUCUUCGAUUAUGGCAAGACUCACCUGGGCGAGGACCGGUGGUUAACACACCUGUUCAUGCUGGGAGCCAAAAAGCGGUAUCAAAUCCAGAUGUGCUCGAGUGCUUUCUGCAAGACUGAAGCCGUCCAAUCUUUCCGAGCACUUCUCAAGCAGAGAAGACGGUGGUUUCUAGGCUUCAUCACAAACGAAGUCUGCAUGUUAACGGACUUUCGACUCUGGCGCAAGUAUCCGUUGCUUUGUCUUAUUCGGUUGAUGCAGGAUACCAUAAGGACGACAGCAUUGCUUUUUACCAUCAUGAUGAUCUCAGUUGCAACAAAGUCGAGUAAGUUUGGUGAUCUCCCGUGGCAAUUCAUUUGCGUGUCAUUGGGUUUGAACUGGCUCAUGAUGCUGUACUUUGCGGCAAAGUUGACGCGACUGAAGGCAGCCUUGUACCCGGUGAUGUUCGUUCUGAACCCAUUCAUGAAUUGGAUCUACAUGGUCUAUGGCAUCUUCACCGCCGGCCAGCGUACGUGGGGCGGGCCACGCGCGGAUGCGGGCGCUGCUGAUGCUAAGAUUACUCCACAAGAGGCUAUCGAGUACGCCGUCGCCACGGGAGAUGAUCUCAACAUUGUCCCAGAAACGUUCAAGCCGGCCCUCCAAGCUCGGCAGCGGCGUGUCAAGCACUCGACCCUGGCACCGUCGCCAAGCGUUGAAGGCAGAUUCGCUCCUGCAGAACAGAUGUCAAACGGGGGCUAUCGUGUCCACCGUCCUUCCUCAGGGGAAUCUGACAUCGACCUGAAAGAUUUUAGAUACUCCCACGACAGCUCAGGCGAUCUGAGCGAUACUGAAGGAAUCUCAAUCCACACUCCGCGCCGCGUCGACACCAGUCUCUACAUGACUGAUGCAAUGUACGGCAUGGAAGGUUCGAGCCAUGCUGUAUUGGCCGAUCCGAGCGAGCUGUCCAGGAGGCUGAAAAUACUUUCAGCAACAUCUAUGUUGCCAUCAGCUGCCCAGUCCUCAAUCAAUGAACGGAGCCCUCUUGGCAGAACCAGUCCGCUCACUGCAGCGAACAUGGGCAAUAAUGGGGUUCGGCGGGGACAGCGGGACAAUGGCGGGCGGCCCCAGACCGAUCAGACGGGGGCGAGGAGGAGUUCGGUCAGGAGAAAGUUGCAGAAGAGAGACUCCAGUCCAGCGAGCAUGGUGUGA